UGAUACAGUUGUGUGAUGACAAUGGGAUCCCUCACUGAAGAAAAGCAGAAAGAGUGUCAGCUGACCUCAGCUCACCUGUCAUCUGGAGAAAAUGGGCAUCAGUGUAUGCCAGAGACCAGAAGACCCGACAGAACGUCAAGCUUCAGCAGUAAGGAAUUUUCAGAGUCGGAUCCCUUAUUUCACAAUGAGUUUUACGGGACAGCAUUGGCCUCUGGCACCAUAUCGGAAAUUCAUGGCCAGGAGAUGCCGAGCGAGUCGGUCCGGGCCUUGGUGAUCCAGAUUUUGUUUCCAUUCCUCCUAGCUGGUUUUGGGACGGUUCUGGCAGGGAUGUUGCUGGAUGUAGUGCAGCACUGGGACGUUUUCCGUAAUGUGACUGAGAUCUUCAUCCUUGUCCCACCUCUACUGGGGCUAAAGGGGAACCUGGAGAUGACAUUGGCAUCAAGACUUUCCACCGCUGUGAAUGUUGGCAGAAUUAACUCUUCAAGCGAGAAAUGGAACCUGAUCAUUGGAAAUCUCGCCCUCAAACAGGGGCAAGCUACAGUUUUGGGCUUCCUGGCUGCUCUGGUAGCUUCGGCUCUUGGUUGGAUCCUGGAGGAGGAGCUCAUCGUGAACCAUGUAGCCCUGCUUUGCUGUUGCAGCGUUGUGACAGCAUUCACAGCAUCUCUGCUGCAGGGCAUAGUAAUGGUUGGUGUGAUUGUUGGAUCCAAGAAGGUGGGCGUGAACCCUGACAACAUAGCCACGCCCAUCGCUGCCAGUUUAGGUGACAUCAUCACACUUGGACUGCUGGCUGUCAUCAGUCAAGGCUUCUUUUACUGCAUGGAGCCAUACCCUUAUAUUACCUACCUGGUGUGUGUUGUUUUCCUGUGCCUUACGCCGAUGUGGGUAAUUCUUUCAUUUCGGCACCCUGAAAGCCAAAAAUUGCUGUUUUCCAGCUGGGAGCCAGUAAUAACUGCAAUGGUGAUCAGCAGUCUUGGAGGACUGAUUCUGGACCAUGCCAUCACUGAUCCAAAGCUUGAAGGAGUUGUUCUCUACAGUCCUGUUAUAAAUGGUGUUGGUGGUAAUCUGGUUUCCAUCCAGGCUAGUCGUAUAGCCACGUAUCUUCAUUUUCACUGUCCGCUGGGCGAGCUUCCAGACGACGCUAAAGGAUGUUACUGCCCCUGCCGCAGCUUUUGCACCACAGACCUCCUCAUACAAUACCACAGCUCUUCUCUUGGCACCCUGUCAUACGCUUUCUUACAUGCCAGUCAAAUCCCUGUGUGCAAUUCAUUGAGUGGCAUAUGCUGCCUCAUGUGA